GACGCCAACAGGAUCAAGAAAAUGGCGGCGAUUGGCUUGGUGGUGUGUUGUGUGACAAAACUAUGAUCGUUCGAGUGUCGUAAAAAAAGCUAUGUGUUUUCUAAAGGAACUCUGAUGAUUAUCGGAUCGAAUAUCCAAGAUGACAGCUAACAUGUACAGAGUCGGAGAUUACGUCUACUUCGAGUCAACAUCGACGGCUCCGUACCAAAUUCGUCGGAUAGAGGAGCUGAACAAAACCGCUACCGGAAACGUCGAGGCGAAGGUGAUGUGUUUUUAUAGGCGGAGAGAUUUGCCGUCGUCGUUGGUCCAAUUAGCGGAUAAACAUCAACUAGUUUAUGGAGGAGCAUCGGAAGAAACGAACGUUGGAAGUCCCGGUAGCGAUUCGUCCGGUGGCCAGGUCGUCGCUACAACGAUAACGACGACAGCUUGCCGCGCUCCCGACUACGGAAUGUCCUCGAAGCAACGACACCAGAUGAAGCAUCGCGAACUGUUUCUAUCGCGCCAGGUCGAAAACCUGCCUGCGACUCACAUCCGCGGUAAGUGUUCGGUGACGCUCUUCAACGAAACGGAAUCGCUCGGCUCCUACUUGAGCAAGGACGACAGCUUCUUUUACUGUCUCGUCUACGAUCCAACCCAAAAGACCCUGCUGGCGGACAAGGGUGAGAUCCGAGUCGGCAGCCGUUACCAGUGCGACAUCACGUCGAUAUUAAAAGAGGGCGAAACGGACGGUCGCGAACUUGCCGAACUUGAGAGUCUUGUUUGGACGCCUGAACACGACCUCACCGAUCGUCAGAUCGACCAGUUUCUUGUCGUUUCGCGCUCCGUGGGGACGUUCGCGCGCGCCCUCGACUGCAGUUCGAGCGUUAAACAGCCGUCGCUGCACAUGUCGGCCGCGGCGGCGAGUCGGGACGUUACCCUUUUUCACGCGAUGGACGCGUUGCAUGCUCACGGCUACGAUUUGGCCCGGGCCCUUUGCUCCCUGGUGCCGUCCAGCGGACCGGUACUAUGUCGCGACGAGAUGGAGGAGUGGAGCGCUUCCGAGGCUAACCUUUUCGAGGAGGCUCUAGAUAAAUAUGGGAAAGACUUCAAUGAUAUACGACAGGACUUUUUGCCGUGGAAAACCCUUAAAAAUGUUAUCGAGUAUUAUUAUAUGUGGAAGACUACGGAUCGGUAUGUGCAACAGAAGCGUGUCAAAGCUGUUGAAGCUGAAUCAAAAUUGAAACAAGUCUACAUACCUAAUUAUAAUAAACCAGGUACGCCAGUUUUAAACAACAACAAAUCCGUAAUGAACGGCGGCAGUAAUGGUACAGGUGGUGGUGGCGAUCCAACAGUUUCCGGAAAUGGUAAACCCUGUGAAUCAUGCAAUGUUUCCGUGUCAAGUCAGUGGUAUGCUUGGGGACCAUCUCAUAUGCAAUGUCGCCUCUGUCAAGCCUGUUGGCAAUACUGGAAGCGUUACGGCGGCCUUAAAACGCCAACUCGAAUCGGUGACAACGAAUUUGAUCUUUGCGCUAAAAAGAAGAGUGGUAGCGACGGUGAAGAUGAUCGCACUUCCGCCCUAUCCCAUCGCCCCCAUAGAUGUCACAUAAGCGGUUGUGGGAAAGAAUUUAAAUUAAAAGCUCAUCUCGCCAGACACUACGCGAGCGCCCACGGAAUGAUCGUCAGAUCCGGAUCUCCGGGUCGACCGGUUAUGAAGACGAGAACGGCGUUUUAUCUGUCCACGACACCUCUGACGAGGAUAUCGAGGCGGUUGUGUAAACACAUUAUGCGACCAAGACACGCGGCUAGAGCUCCCUUUUUCGCUAUCAACAUCCAAGCGGUUAAACAAGAGUGUACGUUGUUGAUGGUCGGGAAAGGUCAACAUGAGUUGAAGCAGUUAUUGAUUUAUCAUAAGAAAAAUCGUGGCAGCGUGACGAAUAUUGCUACACGAUUGGGAAAUCCGGGGAGCGUUGUUCCACAAUGGCUUAUUCUUACUGAUAGGGAGAACAUGCCAAAACCGGAACACAUAGCUUUUCCUAAACCGCCAAAAGCACCGGAUGGGAGCCUGGUUUAUGAGAGAAUACCUAAUAAUCCAGAAGCGGAGAAGAUUCCUUUGAAUAUGUCCCCAUCUUUUAAGAAGAGAGCGUAUGAUGAAUGUAAUGGGAUUGACAGCUUCUACUCUGACAUGGAUUGGGAUGAUGGUGCUGUAAUAACGUGUCCACCACCUAAGAAGUUGGCAAAGGAUAUGAUGGUGGUGAACAGAUCCUCAACAGAGCAAUAUGGCUCAUCCGUUCCAGUUCCUUUAAUCCCAUCACAACAAAUUCCAAGACACAUCGCACAAAUAAAUGGAAAACCGAAACUCUCCCAUAUGACGCGGAUGGGUUCCGGACGUAAACAGGUGAUAAGUUGGAUGGAUGCCCCGGAUGAUGUUUAUUUUAGAGCGACAGAUAGUAGCAAGAAACAUCGCAGACAAAUUUCUUUGGUAGAAUUAAGAAGGGCAGCUCGAAAACCAUGGAGAUCUCUAAAGACAAAAGGAGAUGAAGUACAGGUGGUGGUCCUGGACUGAUCAAUUAACAAUAAUUUAACGCCGAAAUUAAUUAAAAGAAGAAUCGAAACGGAUAUAAAACGAAGAAAAAGUAUGAAUCCAGUUAAGAUGUCGUUUUGUUAUGAUGUUAUUUUAUACCUAGCUAUUAUUUAUUGAAUAUGUGAUUAUCACUUGUGUGUGCAUUGUGGCCGAUGGUGGGGCUCCCGAGGGAGGUACGCGCGCGUUCGGGCGCUGUUUCUUUUAUUAAAUUUUAAAAACUGUACAUAGGAAGCGGUGAUAUUGCAUACAGGAGCGGUGCGAGAACUUGUAAAUAAAAAACACAUCCACACAUUACGUAAAAAGAAUUAAAUAAAUGGGAGAUAAAUAAGAAAGAAGAGAAGACGACUAACAAUGACGUUGAAGAUGUAAACGUCAAUUAAAAAGCAAAAAGUUGAUGAUAAACUGGACGACUAGUCUAAAGGUACAUCGGAAGAAAACCUUUGAAUAAAUUGUAGAUAGAACUUUUCAUUAUGUAAUUCAUCUCUUAGUUAUCCCAUACUAUUAAGUAUAAUUAUAGGAAUUUAGGGUAAGUUCAUUUUUUUCAUCAAUAUAAAUAAAGCACUUGGAAAUUGA